GGUAUUGCACCUCGGUGCUGAGAGUGAGGCUCCGGCAAGCAUCCUCCCAAAAUCCGAGAGCAUCUUCGAGCAUCUUCGUGCAGCCUCCCUCAUCUCCAUGCACGCAGACUGCUCUGGUGCUCAUCACAGACAACACAGGGAGGGUCAGGACACGCGAUACCAUGGCCAGAAACCGCGCAGAAAGAAAUAGUUGGGCAGGCAGCUUCACGGAGAAGGGUGGGGCCUAUGACUGGAGCUCGGAGGAGGAGGAGCCUGUGGUGAGGGCGGAGCCGGUGCAGGUGCUGGUGGUCAAGGAUGACCACUCCUUCGAGCUGGACGAGGCGGCGCUGAGCCGCAUCCUGCUGUCCGAGGCCGUGCGGGACCGGGAGGUGGUGGCCAUCUCUGUGGCCGGAGCGUUCCGCAAGGGCAAGUCGUUCCUCAUGGACUUCAUGCUGCGUUACAUGUACAACCUGGGCUCUGAGGAGUGGCUGGGCGUGUCUGAUGAGCCCCUCACUGGCUUCUCGUGGAGAGGAGGGUCAGAGCGAGAGACCACUGGCAUCCAGAUCUGGAACGAGGUCUUCUUGGUGGACAAGCCCGACGGCAGGAAGGUGGCGGUGUUGCUGAUGGACACACAGGGCACCUUCGACAGCCAGUCGACGCUGCGAGACUCGGCCACUGUGUUCGCUCUCAGCACCAUGAUCAGUUCCAUGCAGGUUUACAACAUAUCCCAAAACGUGCAAGAGGAUGAUCUGCAGCACUUACAGCUCUUCACAGAGUACGGCCGGCUGGCUAUGGAAGAGACGUUUCUGAAGCCUUUCCAGUCCAUGAUCUUCCUGGUGCGGGACUGGAGCUUCCCCUACGAGUUCCCCUACGGACAGGACGGAGGCAUGAGAUUCCUGGAGAAGAGGCUCAAGAUCUCUGAGAAUCAGCACGAGGAGCUGCAGAACGUGCGCAAACACAUCCACUCCUGCUUCACCAACAUCUCUUGCUUCCUCCUGCCGCACCCGGGGCUCAAGGUGGCCACCAACCCCAACUUCGACGGCCGGCUCAAAGAGAUCGACGGGGAGUUCAUCAGAAACCUGAAGGUGCUGGUGCCCUGGCUGCUCAGUCCUCAGAACCUCGACGUCAAAGAGAUCAAUGGAAACAACAUCACCUGCCGUGGCCUCGUCGAGUACUUCAAGGCCUACAUAAAGAUCUACCAAGGGGAGGAGCUCCCUCACCCCAAGUCAAUGCUGCAGGCUACAGCGGAGGCGAACAAUCUGGCGGCAGUAGCAGCAGCAAAGGACCUGUACAACAAGAAGAUGGAGGAGGUGUGCGGGGGGGACCGACCCUUCCUGGCGCCCGCCGCCCUGCAGGCACGGCACGGGGAGCUGCGCGAGGAGGCCCUGCGGCUCUUCCGCGGGGUGAAGAAGAUGGGCGGGGAGGAGUUCAGCCGCCGCUACCUGCAGCAGCUGGAGGGCGAGAUUGACGAGGUGUUCCUGCAGUACAUCAAGCACAACGACUCCAAGAACAUCUUCCAUGCGGCCCGCACGCCGGCCACGCUCUUCGUGGUCAUCUUCAUCAUGUACGUGGUGGCCGGCGUCACCGGCUUCGUGGGCGUGGACGUCAUCGCCAGCCUCUGCAACAUGAUCCUGGGGCUGACGCUCAUCACUCUCUGCACCUGGGCUUACAUCCGCUACUCGGGGGAGUACAGGGAGCUGGGGGCCGUCAUAGACCAGGUGGCAGGGGCGCUGUGGGACCAGGGAAGCACGAACGAGGCUCUAUACAAGCUGUACAACGCUGCAGCCGGGCACCGGCACCUGUACCACCAUGCCUUCCCCACGCCUGAGCCCGAGCCACACGCACACCCCGACAGAAAGCAGAACUGACUGUCCAAACCACCGCCCCCCUCGCCCUCCACCCUGCGGGACUCUCCAGGUGCAUGAGAGGCACAAAGCAUACAGCUGUUAUUUUUGGUUGCUGUACUAUAAUUUACUUGGAUCUGUGUGAGAUGCAUACACUUACUGUAUAUAGCUAAUGGGGAACAAUGUGAGAUUCAUACACUGUAUAUCGCUAGUCUUAAUCCACAGGUGCAGGGGUCAACAAGGUAUCAAAACCACUUUAUCAGUCAACAUGCUUUUAUUGAUUGAUUGAUUUAAUCAUUAAAUUCAUGUUUUAUUCUUGUUCAAAGAAACUGCAGUUGCACUGUUAACAUUUCGCCUGGGCAUGAGAACAUUGAGGCAAGUUACAAUCCAAUUAAGAAUUUAGAUACCACAUGACCAUUUUAAAGGGGACUAAAAUUAUUCAAUUCUGUACCUCUCCAGUGGCACUAAUAUUUUGUCCCAAUUAAAUUAACUGUCAGCUAGUACAGGACGCUGGCUGGGCUGCACAAUUCUCCAAACCUGAAGAAACAACUGCCAAAUUUUUUAGAAAUGAAAACUUUUAAAAGCUGGUGUCAAAGGUCUCAUUUUCAAGAGAUAGAGCCAGUGAGCUGCAGUGGUUCUUCUUACUUGGUUUGUAUGUGUGUCUGCUCUCAACCCCCACAUCUCCAACCCAACUGGCAUAUCUGGAUGAAAUAAAAGAGCACAUUUGAAUGUGUACCAUCAGAUCAGCACUUGUUUAGCACAGCUCGAUGCAGCGAACCACAGGAGGUAGCGAGUGUGCCGACAUAGAACCACUGCAGAGCGGAGAGGGAAGGGAGUUUGUAUAAAGAAACAUGGAAAGACCCCCACAGAAGUGCAGCAUUCACUGAGGACUAUGUGCAGCAUAUUUAAAAGCACACAUUCAGAAGCGAAAAGGGCUUGUGAGCUGCUCGCAGUAACAUAAUAAGCGUGCAAGUCCAGGAUCACGGUCAGGCUGGGUAGCCAUGUGCUUUGUAAAGAUGGAGAGCAUGUUAAAAAACAGUAGUAGUAAAAUUGCUCAACAUAAUGGGGCUACUCAGGAGCCGAGCCCCACGUGACCAUAGUGCACCCUGUGGUAGUUCCAUUAACAGUGGACCAACUUCCAUAGUAAAUAUAUCAUUUCAGGACGUCACUUGUAGGCAAAAUUAUAGAAGCCUUUUCCGUUUUGUUUCGACCACCGAGACAGAAAAAGAGCAUGUUUAGGACACACAGUUCAAGCUCAAGAAUCUUACUAUCUAGUAUGGCAAAUGCAGUGGCAUUAUUUAUUUAGCUGGAGUUAGCCCAUCAUCUUAAAAUGUAAAAAACAAAACCAGAAAUGUUUCUUUGGAUUUAACCCCAUGGUAAUUCCACCAAAUGAACAAUCAUUUAUAAAAAAUAAUAAUAAAAACACAUUAUGGUUAAUGCUGAAUCACAUAUUUUGUAGGGGAGCCUAACAAUGCCUGGAAUAAGAUGUCUCCCUGCAAGCUGCUUCACUGUUCAGAGCAAUCUGUUGUUCCUUGGCAGCGCUUGGGCCCUGAUUUUUAUUGCUUAAUUGAUCUGGGCUCACAGAAGCAGCAGCAACACAUCUAGAUCAUUGCAAUGCAGCAUCCUUUGUAUUGUUGCUGUCGGAUUAUAGUAAUAUCAGUGGAUGGCUAACGGAGAACUAGAACUGUUUCUAUCUUGGAAAAGGUUUUCAAACACAGCGAUCCAAGCAGCCCUUUCCCAGCACUGAGGAUCAUCCUUUUUAAAUUUUCAUAACUUUUCCAAGUGCUUAGCUUGUGUUGCUUGCUCUUUUCACUUGCUCUUUAAAAAGUUGCUUGAUAUUACAUGACCUUUAACCAACUCCUACAGUGAUAAUCCCCUUCAUUUUUAUACUGUGCUUCAAAUCAUACCAACUUCUGAAACCCAGACGAACUUGGAACAGCACUGGCACCUCUCUCUGGCUGGCUGUCAGGCCAUAAACAAGCACACAUAAACUGAGCACAGGUCCGCCUGAAUCGCUUCUACUUGUAAAACAGUUGCUUGUGAUUUGUAGAAAGCUGUAAGUGUCUUGAUUUGGUUAAAUAAUUCAGUUUGUAGAAUGUACUGCCCUGCAUUCCAGGAGAACCAUCGCUGCUGCUUCUCCACAUUGCUGAAAAGCCAAGCAACGUUAACAAGGCAAUUACACUGGCUGCUUCGCACCGCGUAGCAAACAUCUGUUUAUCAGAACCAGAGAGAUCAGAGCCCAUGAGAGACAAAGCAGGUCGGGUCAGGUAGCCCCAACAGGGUCUUACCAAAGACGUUUAUUAUAUCGUAAUACUUUAUCAAACAUGAAUCUGUCGCGAUUUAACAGGAAGAAAAAAAAAAUAACACAAGCUUCAAGGACAGUAACAUGCUUUUCAGUAUGCAUUGACUUGUCUUCCAUGCUGUGUAAUCUCUUCUUUCUCAUGAGGCGCUGACUGUUGUUGAUCUUGUUUUAUAAUAAAUGGAGAAAAACAA